ACUUUACUACAACUAAUCGUCACAUCUUCUCAAAAACGAUUCGUUUACACAAACAAAAUACGUAUUGAUAUCUUCACAAUAGAUACUUAAUCAUCAAAUAUUUGUUGCAUACCUUUAGACAAAAUAGAAAAAAACGUCAUUUAGUAUAUUUUUGGGCAAAUUAUAACGAUGCACUUUAAAAAAAAUUACAACAAUGUUUUGUUUGUCACACACUGUUUUCACAUAGUCGAAGCUCUUCCAUUCAAUAGCUCCAUCUGUGAGAUAAUAAAGCAACUACCUCUAAAAAAGCUUUUAUGCUUCAUGCCACGCGUAGCAUAAAUUCCAUUAAUUCAACAGGUCGCAUAGCACCGCUGCAAAACAUUGUUAUGCUGUCUCUUUCUUUCUAUAUCUUAUGUUUUCAAAUCAUGUUCGGUUCGUUUUCAUGUUUGCUUCAAGCUUUUCCAUCCCUUUCUCGUUCUUACCCUCAUGGAACAUCCCUCUAUAAGCUUCCCCUUCGCGUUCGUGCUACAGCAAAUGGAAUCAAAACCGGUUCCGGCACGAGCCGAACCCACCGUCAGUACCGCCACACUUGACGCAACAGUAAGUCUCCCACCUUCCUCACACGCAAGCGGUGAAACAUUCGAACCGAAGCCAACGAAGCCCCAACAGAUGAGAUUUGAUCGUCGUACGCGUCGGAUGUGUGACGGCCGGUUUCACGCAGUUCGCAACAUAACCACCCUAAAGCCGUGUGCGUUAGCGGCCUGUAUUUCUAUUUUUUUGGAUCGUGUCGUUAAAUCGGUGACUCACGUGCAUGUGUUUGUUGGGGGAGAAGGAGCGUGUGCGUGUGUGUGGUGUUUAUGUUGGCGUUUGAAAAGUCCUUAACUGAAAACGGUCUGCAGCUAAUUUGUAGCCACAAUUUGCUGCUCGAAUGCACCACGUGCACAAUAGUGAAUUUCUCCAGUGAAGUUUACCGUUUCGCUGGCCUCUCAUCACCCACCAUACUUCGAAAGAAAGAGAAAACGAAAGAAAGCAUUAGAACGGAGCGAAAGCGGACAAACGACCACAGCUAACGGCACGAUCAGUCCGUUGCGUGCGGACCAUCAACGGAUCUUCAGUCGAAGUUGUUCGGUGUAAUCCACCCUUAAAAAAGGAAGGAAGGUCCAACACAACGUUUAUCCGAGCUUUAAAACCGAACGGUGUGAUUUUACAUUGAAAGCAAACUCGAAAGCGACUCAUCAACCGGGACCGGCCACAAUGGAAGAAAUGACAAUCGUGUACAUCGGUAGCCUGUGAAAAUUACGUGCCCCAAAAGAAGCAAGAUCUCGGUGGGUACGGGGGUGUGAGAAAAUAAAUUCCCUCACUCGGUGUGCGUCCGGUGUGCGUGAGAAAGGGAAAUUGGUCGGUGUGUAAGCGAACAAAAAAAAAAUCAAACAAAGUGGAAGGAAAUUUUGUCGUGUCGUGGUCUUUUUGUUUCCGAGUGUUCCCGGUCAGUGAUCGGUGAUGAUCGAAUUAAUUCGAUGUAGUGAACCGUAAUCGUGUUGCAUAGUGAAGUGACAAAACAGAGGAAAAUUGAAAUGCAAUAGAAGCGAAAUCAAUUACAGUUGUUAUUCGAAUUCGUGUCAAUUUCCACGUGACAAAGUGGCCUCUUCGUGUGGUGCGUUUAUUUGAGAGCGCUUGCGAGUGUGCCUGGAUAGCAAAGUGACCGCGGCCGUUACGAUACCCAAAAAUGGUUCGUAAGAUUACUAAAAUGGAUACAUUUAAAGGCAGUCUGGUGCUCCUAAUAGGGAUAUGCUUGAUGAGCUGGACAACCCUGGCGCAGGAUGCGGAAGCUCCAGUACCAUCAACAACAACGGCGAACAGUGAUCUCACGACUGAUGCUACCAGCACAGUUGCGAACUCGAUGGAGCCCUCGGAACCGACAACCAAUGAUGCUUCACUGGAGGUACUACCAUUAGCAACGAAAUCCGCUGAUAGCAGUGAAUCCAUCGGUGGAACCGAUCAACCUAAGGUGGCGGAAGAUGCCACAACUACGCAACAGGCUGUCGGCUCAGUGUCGGCUAGUCUGUCGACCACGAGCACACCCAAGCCGCUGGAAUCCAGCACAUCAUCCGAGGUCAAGAGUACCGCAGAGAGUCUCGCCAUGAUGCCCGGCACAACCACUACUACCGUGCAGCCAACACAAUCGCCCACCACGGUGGAAGCCAUCGUCACCACCUUCGCCACCAACGUGUCAGUAGUUUCACCGACCGCGAAACCGGUUAUUCUGCACGUCAAAUCACCCGAAGAGGAAGCAAACGAUCGUACAGCAGAAAAUCCUCCCUCAAUACUGAACCAUUUCCUGCCGAGUGGCGAAAGUUCUUCGGAGGAACUGCUCAAGAUGAGCGAUGUGCGCGCAUCGGCGGAAGUGCGCGGCCGGGCGAUCAGCUUCGGACCAAGCGAACCGAUCAAUUUCGUUACCGCACCAAAUCUUGUUACCACCGUACCGCCAUCGGUCGCGGGUGAAGGUGUGACCAUGAAGACGACGGCCCAGCCACCGUUCGAUGACCUCAGCGACAUCAGCAUGGAGUCGACGGAUUCUACAGAACCGAGGGCAGAGAUGGGACCAGCCAGUCCGGAAGGGAAAUCCAUGGAAAUGUUAACACCGGGCGAAUGUAUUUUUAACGGCAUGGAGUACAAGACUAAUGCGACCGUGGACAAGGAUUGUGACGAGCGUUGUCACUGCGAAGAAGACGGCAAAUGGCGCUGUGAACCACGAUGCGGACGACCGUUUGUGAAGCGAGGCAAGACGGUACUCGAUGCUGGCUGCUACGAGAAUCCCUCCAAGACGGAUGAAUGCUGCGCCACACUGAUCUGCCCCUCGGAGCGCUUCACCGAUGGACGUGUCGAACCAACACCCGUGUCGGAGGAGACAACUACGGCCAAAGCGAUCGUGACGAGCUGCAUCUACAAGAACCAUUCGUACGGCAUCAACGAAAGGAUGGAGGUAGGCUGUGACCAGAUCUGCACAUGUACCAGCGAUGGUGAGAUGGAAUGUGCACCACGCUGUGCUCCGCUCAAUGCAACCCUCUCGGAACAGUGCGUAGUGUUGCCGGAUCCGCACGAUCCGUGCUGCAAGCGUGAGUUCUGUGAUGUUACGCUAGAUGAUCACGAACAGAGUAGUGGUGUGAUGAUGAUGAUGGCACCGGCCUCUGCAUCUUCCUCGCCAUCGACAACGACCGGACCCGAACAAGAUUUACCACCGGACACACACUCGACGGGUGCCGGGUGCGAAUUUAAGGGCCAUCGGUACAAAUUAAGCGAUCAGUUCCACGAUGAAUGUAACGCACUCUGUCUCUGCACGGAUGCCGGUGUGCACUGUGCGAAGAUCGAGUGUCCUUCCGAGUUUGGUCUGGACGUACUCGAUCCGCACUGUCUCAAGUGGGGCCCGGAUCCGGCCACUUUCCGUGCGAUCGCACCACGCUGCUGUCCGGAGCGGAUGCGAUGCAUCGACAAUGGUACAUGCGAGUACAAGGGUCAACUGUUCGACAACUGGUCCGAUAUACCGAGCAAUUUGACCGGCUGUGAGCAGCACUGUUAUUGCGAUACGGGUAUCGUCGAGUGUCGUCCAGCUUGCCCACCAGUGCCUGCGUCUCCACCAUCCCAUUUGCCGUGUAGCUCGAGAAACGCCCGUUUAAUGCCGAUCCCGGGAGAAGAGUGCUGCAAACAUUGGGCCUGCAGUCCGACAACCGACAAUGGAAUUGCAAGCGGAAACGACGUACUUAAGCCAUUGCUAAUGCCCGGCACAAUCAAUCAGUUUCUACCGACGAAACCGCCCCGAUUGGACGGGAAACUGGCGGACAAGGAGAAGCAACCGGAACCGGCAACAGACAAGGAUCCUAUGCCUGCACCUUUCUAUCCUACGAUCGACGGCAAACCGCCCAAAGUUCCACAGGAGAAGCCCCACAAAAAGUACACCAAAGAAGACGCGAACAAGAAGGAACACUUUAACAACAUUUUCGCCGGAACACAACCCGGCGAGCCAGAGUUGCCGGAUGUUGGAAAGUAUGAUUACGGUAGCUAUGAGGAAGGUAUGAAACCGGCAACGCUUGGCGUUCAACGUCCCGGUCCACCCGGUUACUAUGGACCGGAGAUAAAGCCUCAUUAUGGAGCUGAUUUUAAUCCCUAUCUGCAUCCACUGGCUGGGGCCAAUGGAGCACCAACGGGACAGCCCGUUCCGACGGUUGGAGGUCAACCGAUUCUACAUGCUGGACAGCAUCCGGCGGGAUUGGACAAGCAGUUGCUGAACGUACUGGGACCGAACGGCCCCGGUAGUCUGCCACCGAACAUACGCAUCGAACAGCUGCUGCAGCACAUUCAUUCACAGGAUCCGAAUUUGCCGCCGCAGGGUUCACCGCUGUUGCAUGGUCCGGGCCAUCCUAACGUUCCACCUUAUCAAUCACAGCAUCCAUCUGCAUCACAACCGUCGGCGGCAGGCAAUGGCAUCAAUUACAACCAGUACGGUACGGAUCCACAUGCUCCAUCGCACGUAGACAUUGGCAUUGUUCCGCACGAACAUCCACCACCGUCGGCACCAGCAGGCCCUGGAGGUGUCGGUGGCCCAGGCGGACUAGCAUUCUCCAGCCUGCAGGUUGACCUGAAGGUGCUCGCACUAGAUGCCAUCGAUUCGAACACCGUGCGUGUGAUCUUCCUCGUUCCCUCGGUGUACGUUGGACUGCAUGGACGGGUGGAACUGCGAUAUACACGCACUCGUAAUAAUGACACCAGUACCUGGCAAUCGCAAGUGUUUGCCCCACCGGAUGAUCUCAUAGCGACACCUCAGCUAGAGUUCGAACUGCCCGGUCUGAAUGCUAACACGGAGUAUCGCGUGAAGAUCACGCUAAUAUUGCGCGAUGUUAACUCGCAACCCUCUAGUCAGGUGUACACCGUACGUACGCCGUCGGACCGUGUCAUUACACCACCAUCGAUUGGUAUCGGUACCGGUCAUUUCCCGCAAAUGAGUCAUCCGACCAACUUCCUCAAAGAGAUCAUCCAAGAUCCUGAACUGCGUGCGUCCGAGGUUAACUCGACGUGGGCCAAAAUCAACUGGCGAAAACUGGACGACGAGGAGCUGGACUAUGUUGAUGGUAUACAGCUGCGUUACCGUGAAAUCGACAGCGUUGUCUACCAUGCGACACCACUCAUACAUCGCGCACUGAGCGAGUACACCGUCGAGGGUUUACAGCCGCAAACGCGCUAUGAGGUGGGCAUCUUCUUCAUUCCGUUCCCGGGGCAUGGCGAAGAGGUAAGGGCUGGGGAGAUGCUCCAAAUCAUCACGGCAGAGCGCAUCGAUGUGUACGGGUUCGAGGUGAUAGUGAAUGCGAGCAAAAUCAAAGCUACCAGUGUUGAGGUUAGCUGGUCCGGAGUACCCUACCCCGAGGACAAGUACAUUAACAUCUAUCGUGCGAUCUACCAGAGCGAUAGCGGGAAAGAAGAUUCAAGUGUGUUCAAGGUGGCCAAACAUGACUCAACGACGGGUACGCUUAUAGCGGAUCUUAAACCCGGCACUCGGUACAGGCUGUGGCUGGAGAUGUAUCUUACAAAUGGUAGCAUUAAGAAAAGCAAUGUAGUCAACUUCAUCACCAAACCCGGUGGACCAGCCGUACCGGGAAAGACGGAUAAACUGGCAGCUGCAGGUGCAGCAGGUGCCGUGAAUGGAGACUAUUAUGGGCCACUAGUGGUUGUCGCGGUCAUUGCAGCGCUGGCUGUCAUGUCAACCUUAAUACUGCUGCUGAUCCUGACGAGGCGUCGUGUGCAGAGUGCAACCAUAACGCCACCCAGAAAGAACGAUGCCGCAUACGACAAUCCCAGUUACAAGGUGGAAAUUCAACAGGAAACCAUGAAUCUAUGAUUCGAACGUGUCUCGCUUUGAUGGUCAACCCCUCCUCGGGUCAGCCCGUUAGACUGUUGGCUGGAUUCUAUCCGAUAAACCAAUGUUCCAGUGUUCAAGUAGACGGCUCGCUCCUGUACUGUCCGGAUGUUUUAUAUUUAUUAAACCGCCCAUCGAUGUGAGACAAUGACGCUAUUCCCGAUCGUCUAUCCAGCGAUCUUCCCGUGUACAUAGUAGCAUGUUAAUCCGUCCCACUAGCAGAAUGGUAAAAUGCCAUGAAGGUAGCAAACCAAUGUUGGCCCAUUCCUCCCUAAAUGGUGUCCAAUACCGUUUGCGAUCCCAUCGCUCCUUCCUCUUUGUGUAGCCAUAGUUCCCGCUGUAUAGAUAAGUAUAGUAAUGUGUAUUAAUUGCCACACAAAAUCAGAAAGAAGGGAAUCGUUUAAAACCACUACGUGUAAAUACAAUUUCUAGUAAAUAGACAGGAUCUACUAGAAUCGGGAAGGAAAAUUACGAUAUUUUCAAGUAAAAUGUCCCGUUUUCCAGUUAGCGGAGCGGGGUGCGUGAAGUAAUCGAUUUUCUUCAGAUGUGCAAAAAGUACGCUGUACAUAAAUAAAGUUUACUCGAAUUUUUAACAACCAUA